GGCGGGGAGGCGUCGCACUCCAUGGUAACGACGCCGGCCCGAAGAUGGCGGCCGCUGGGGCUGGAGGCGCGGGCGGCCCGGGAGCAGGGCCGCGGGGCCGCUGGGCCGGCUGCCUGUGGGUGCGAGGCGUCCUGCUCGUGCUGGGCGGGCUCCCGGCCGGCGCCGCGGCUGCUCCGGUCUCCCUGAGCACUUCGCCUCCCUGUCGGCAUCACGUCCCUUCGGACACCGAGGUCAUAAACAAGGUUCAUCUUAAGACAAGUCAUGUCGUAAAGAGAGAGGCUGAUGGGCAUCUGCGAAUCAAGACUGUCUAUGAUCAGAGUAUCGAAGAGCUGCUUCCUGAGAAAAGAUACCUUGUAAAGAACAAACUUUUCCCGCAAGCUAUUUCUUACUUAGAGAAAACAUUUCAGGUUCGUCGACCUGCCGGCAGGAUCUUACUGAGCAGGCAAUGUGCAACAAACCAGUACCUGCGGAAGGAAAAUGAUCCACACAGAUACUGUACUGGGGAGUGUGCGGUGCAUACCAAGUGUGGCCCCGUUAUAGUGCCCGAGGAGCAUCUCCAGCAAUGCAGGGUCUGCCGAGAGGGCCAGUGGCCCUGCGGAGCCGUGGGUGCUCUGGACCACGAGGGCGUGCAGGAUGCAGACUUCGUUCUCUACGUCGGCGCGCUGGCCACUGAGAGAUGCAGCCAUGAAAACAUCAUCUCCUAUGCAGCCUAUUGUCAGCAGGAGGCGAAAAUGGACAGGCCGAUAGCAGGAUAUGCUAACCUGUGUCCAAAUAUGAUCUCCACCCAACCGCAAGAGUUCAUUGGGAUGCUGUCCACAGUGAAACAUGAGAUCAUCCAUGCCCUGGGCUUCUCUGCUGGGCUUUUUGCAUUCUACCACGACCAAGAUGGGACUCCCCUGACAUCACGGUCUGCAGACGGCCUCCCGCCUUUCAACUAUAGUCUUGGAUUGUAUCAGUGGAGUGAUAAAGUAGUUCGAAAAGUGGAGAGAUUGUGGAAUGUGCGAAAUAAUCAGCUAGUCCGCCACACUGUGUACCUGCUGGUGACACCGCGGGUUGUCGAAGAAGCCCGGAAGCAUUUUGACUGUCCCGUUCUCGAGGGGAUGGAGCUUGAAAAUCAAGGCGGCAUGGGCACUGAGCUCAACCACUGGGAGAAGAGGCUGCUAGAGAAUGAAGCCAUGACCGGUUCUCACACCCAGAACCGAGUGCUCUCUCGAAUCACUCUGGCGUUAAUGGAGGACACUGGCUGGUACAAAGCGAAUUACAGCAUGGCUGAGAAACUGGACUGGGGCCGCGGGAUGGGCUGCGAAUUUGCCAGGAAGAGCUGCAAGUUCUGGAUUGACCAGCAGAGGCAGAAGAGGCGGGUGCCCAGUCCAUACUGCGACACGCUCCGGAGUAACCCACUCCAGUUGACGUGCAGACAGGACCAGAGAGCCGUGGCUGUGUGUAACCUGCAGAGGUUCCCCAACCCUCUACCUCCAGAGUACCAGUACUUCGAUGAGCUCAGUGGAAUAUCUGCAGAGGAUUUGCCCUACUAUGGUGGGUCAGUAGAAAUCGCCGACUACUGCCCUUUCAGUCAGGAAUUCAGCUGGCAUUUAAGUGGGGAAUACCAGCGCAGCUCCGACUGUAGAAUACUGGAAAAUCAACCAGAAAUGUUCAAGAACUACGGUGCAGAAAAGUAUGGCCCUCACUCGGUCUGUCUACUUCAGAAGUCAGCGUUUGUCAUGGAGCAGUGUGAGAGGAAGCUCAGUUACCCAGACUGGGGGAGCGGAUGCUACCAGGUUUCCUGUUCUCCUCAAGGUCUGAAAGUUUGGGUUCAGGACACUUCCUAUCUGUGUAGCCGGGCUGGGCAGGUCCUCCCUGUCCGCAUUCAGAUGAACGGCUGGAUUCACAAUGGAAACCUGCUCUGCCCCUCCUGCGGGGACUUCUGCGAGCAGUGUCCACCGGAAACCGACCCUCCAGCCGCUAACCUGACCCGAGCCCUUCCUCUGGACCUCUGCUCCUGUUCUUCUAGCCUGGUGGUCACGCUCUGGCUCCUCCUAGGCAAUCUGUUUCCUCUGCUGGCUGGAUUUCUUCUGUGUGUGUGGCACUAGGGAUGGAGAACUGAAUUCUCGAGAUGACAGCUUUGGCGUGUUCCCAUGAGCAAAGCACAAAGCCUGGGGGAGUGCCAGCCCAUGCCGGCGACGCAGACGGCAGAGCUGGCGUCCCUGACUCUGGCUUGGAAGCGCUGGCCGCAGAAGGUCCCUCAUCAGCCACACAGCCGCCUCCGAGCUUGAAGAGGAAUUGCGUGUGCCCAAGGCUCCUUAGUGUAUGGAUAUGCAGUCUCCUGACAGCGAGUUCUCCUUUGGAUUCAGGGCGGAUGGUGAGAUUUGCCAUGAUUACAUACCUCAGCAUUUGCGUUAACUGAGAAAGUUCGUGCGCAUCGAGGUCACUCACAGAGCAGCUGACCAACCACUCCAGAGUUUAAGUGGAGGAUCCCAUCCUCCAAAGUACAAAAAUGGUCAUUGGGAUUCCGGAUUUCCUGUCACCAUUGCACAUGCUUUAGAUGAAACCUGGACACGACGAUACACUCCGAUCAUCAUGCUUCUUGACGGUUCCGUUUUGCUAACGCUUCUGACUUGACCAUGUUUGCCUUUCCUGCCAGCUGUUUGGCCCGUUCACGACAGACAGCUGUUGCCCAUGUGUCGUCGGCCCUCAGCCAUCUUCAUCUGAGCGCAGCGUCCGCUUCAUUUCUCGUUAACUUCAUAGCAACCUGAAAGACCGUGGGGGAGCAUGAAGUACAGUGCACAGUGCGCACGUUGAGAUCACGCAAACAGAAGACAGCGUGAUUGUGGGUGCUUCGAGUAAUGUUUAGAACAACUGUAAUCCACCAAAGCCCAGCUGAUCCUUUCUGGCCUAUGUAAAAUUUCAAAGUUCAGACGUGGACAGGCAUGCGGUUACUUCCAAGUGGACUGAGCCGUUACAGAAGAACUGCUAGUACCUGGAAGUUAUUUCAUAGCCAAGAAGAAAAACUCAAGUCAAGACAAGGGGAUCUGAAUUGCUUCCUAAGAGCCAAGUGUUGGUUUGGCAUCCAGGCUGCCCCCAGGGGCCCAUCUGAGUCCUUUACAGAAGUUGGAAGAUUACCUUUGCUUUCAAUGUCCAUUUCCUCCCAUGGUCGACACUGCUGGACCACAUGGAUCUGUGAAGCAUCUCUGCUCUGGUACCAGAGCUUAACCAACCCUCUAGGACCCCAACUUUGAAUUUUUAUUUAUUUAUUUAUUUAUUUUUCCGAGACAGGGUUUCUCUGUGCAGUUUUGGUGCCCGUCCUGGUUCUCGCUCUGUAGACCAGGCUGGCCUCGAACUCACCGAGAUCCACCUGCCUCUGCCUCCUGGGUGCUGGGAUUAAAGGCGUGUGCCACCACCGCCCAGCCAACUUUGAAAUUCUUUAAUGAGGAAUGAUGUCCUGUUUUUCUCCCUAAAGAUAAAACGUUCUGUAGCCUUUGGGAACAGCAAGGUGGCUCAGUGGUAAAGGCACUUGCCACCAAGCCUGACCUCCUGAGUCUGAGUCCUGGAGACCACACUGAAAGUUGUCCUCUGACCCACACGUGCACACGCAUGUACACGCAAGUAAAUGUAAAACAGUUUUUAAAAUGAAACAUGACGUUUAGACACAUUCCUCUCCCGCCCUACCUGUUCCACUCAGCGUAUAGUUAUUGAGUGCUCUAUUCAAGAAACUGCAGGUAAAGCCGAGCAUGGGGACCUGUAACCCCAGCGCUUGGGAGGUAGAGGCAGGAGGAUCAUGAGUUCAAGGUCAUCCUCAGCUACAUAGGGAACUUGAAUGUAAAGUCAGUAUUGGCUGCAUGAAACACUGCCUUGGGGGUAGAGAAAAGAAAGAAAUAGUGUAAGCGAGCAAAACAUCCUGGUACUAAGUAGAAACUCCAGGGACUGUGGCUUUGCAGCAGGACAGCGAGCCCCAGAAUAUAGGGAACCUCACCCUUUUUUUUAAAGGCAGAAAUUUAAAAUGUGUACAUGCAUGCAGUACAAGCUGGAGAUAUUCAUCAUUGUGAAAAGCCGAGGACCCCAAACUCAGUCAGCUUCAGUUAAAGAGAAGUCGUGGUCUGGAGGCCAGCACUCUGUUUUGCCAGUAUUCUGCACUCUUUAAAUUGUACAAAAUCAGAAAAGUGAGUGUGUUGUUAAAGAACUGUACAAUAGGCCAGGCAUGGUGGCACCCGCUUUGAAUCCCAGCACUUGGGAGGCAGAGGCAGGUGGAUAUCUGAGUAUAAGGCCAGCCUGGUCUAUAAAGCAAGGUCCAUUCCAGCUAGGGCUGCAUAGUGAGAUGAAGCUAUCCAUAGCGGGAGGGGAGAGAAAUAUACAUUAAACUUUCAUACCUAUGAUGAUUAUAAAUCAUCCUACAAGAUGUAUAAAGAAUUUCACCAAAAAUACCAGUGGAGUAUGUUGAGGGUCGGUGGUAGGUUUGACUCCAUUUUGACUGUUUUGCAGUAAUGCCAUUUAGGUAGUCUUGUUUCCAAGCAUGGUGCUUUUUAUACUUGAAAUAUAUUUUUGCUUUAUUUUUUAAUUAAUAUAAUUAUAUUUGCACUAAUGACUUUCUGGAGAAAAUGUUACAGACGACGUUUUUUGUAUAUAUAUUUAUUAAGCUCGGAAUGUGAUGUCCCAGUGUUUUCUCUGCACAAACAUGAAACUUAAUGCAGCCCAUGUCAAGAAGCACCGUCCCUUCCUCUUCAGUGAGGCUAGAGCACGGUCAUCCAUCACUCAUCCCACCUAGGGUCCUUAGCAAGACGUAGACGGUCUCUCAGCCCGUGAGACAGUUUAAGAGGCUCGUGGGCACUUUGAAUAUAGCACCUAAGAAGAGGCUUCUACAGUCUGCGGUUCCAAUGCAGAAUUAGCUCUAGAGUUCGGCCAUGAACUGAAGAGUUGGAAAGAGCCUCAUGUUGGCGUUCUCUGGCCGAUUAGCCCUUUCACAUCACAAGGAUGUGAUCCAAGGAGGAGACCAAGCAGGGUGUCCAGUGGUGGAAGCGAGGUGGGGCCCAAAGGACAGGGGACAGCUGAUCAGGGGAAGAGGACCGUAGUAGACUGGAGUCCCUUCCUGACUCAGAAGGGCAAGUGUUUAUAAAAACUGACUACCUCGGUGUUCAGUUCAAGCAGGUCACUGUAAGUAUUUUAAGGCCCUAGGUGUCAAACAUACCAAGUGAGUUGUCUCAGGUUUUCUCAGAACUUACCGGAAGGAAGGAAGCAAAGCCAUGUGAGGAGCCUUGAGCCGGGCAGGAAAGGCGCUGGACAGCAUUUGAUAGUCUGUGUGUCGACUCCUCUGAUAGUCUGCAGAACAUCCUUCCAGUAAUCCUUACAUUUUUCCCAUAAGAUUCUUAUAUUCCUAAGACCAAAUGAGCGUUCUAAAAACGUUAUAAAUUAUGCUUAGCAUUAGUUUUCAGCCUAAGUUGGCCUAGAGUUUAUUGAGAGUUGAAGAUAUAAUAUAACUGUAUGGGUUGUAAAUAGUUUUAGGAAGAUACAUAAGUAUAUCAGAGUAUUCCACGAAAUGUUAUUAACGUUUCUUCAAUAUUAGACUUACAGAUUGAGCCAGGCACGGUGGUCAUGCCUAUAAUCCCAGCACUGGGGAGAUAGAGGCAGGAGGAUUAUGAUUUUAAAACCAGCUGGGCUACAGAGAGAGAGAGAGACUGUCUUAUUCCUACUGCCCCAGAAAAAAGAAGGUUUCCCAAUUUCAGCUAUGUAUAAAGCAGUUAGAUGGUCCGUCCGAAUCUUUAGCUCCAAAGCCUCAUGACUAACACUCGACAAGGUCACUGCUGGCCCUGCUCAGCCUCCCGGGGUCUCCAGCCAGACGCCGUGUUCCAUGCCUUGCCCAGCUGUGAACUUAGAAGCCGGAUAACAGAGAAGAGCCAGUCUCCGAGGACAGCUGAGUGGUCCUGGCAGGAGGAGAUGGACGUCGCUCAUAGCCUCACAGCCAGGCACUCGAUCUCCCUGCCGUGACCUUUGCCCCCAGCCCAGGAGGACUGACGGGCUCUGCUAAAGUCUGUGCUGCUCUUUCUGAAGAAAGGGCUGAGCUGGAGAGAAGACGGUUUGUUUGUUUUGUUUUGUUUUGUUUUUGUUUUUCCUUUUUAAAAUUAGGUUGGGACUGGGGAGGGAAUCCUUUUAUGUUUACAUUUUUAAGAAGUAAAAUAGAUUUUAAAAUUAGUCCUUAUUUAUGGUGGUGAAUUUAAGUGUAAUAUAUUCCAUAGAAAAACACAUUUAAUAAAAAUGGAAAUAACUUGCA